GACAUUAUACAUAUCCAGCUCAUUUCGCCACAGUCUGAUAAAUAAGACAAAGAUCUGAUUUGGUUUUUACAGCACAUUUAUAACUUCUGUAACUAUGCCAACCUUACUCUGCGUGGUACAAUUACUAUCGGUGGCGACACGAGUACGCUCGAUCAAAAAUUACUGGCGGUUAAAAGGUGAACCUUAUAAUAUAUUUGCAGUAAGGUAAGGUGUAUGCAUCAUCACAUUAUGUAUAGUGUGGACGGAUAGUUACAAUGCAUAAAAUUAAAAUGUAUAAUACUGAAUUUCAUUUCACUUUGAAAUGAACCUUCUUUGCCUACAGUCACCCUAGGAGAGCAGUUGUAACCAUCGAUGUGUGUAAAAUAAGUUAUUUUUAAAAUGGCGCUUAUUUUAAAAGCUGCAGUGAGAUUAUAUUAUUAUUUAAAUGAAGAUAUUGCAGAUCCGCGAACCCAAAACUGGUUCCUCAUGAGGACGCCAUGGCCGGGGGUAGCCAUCAUCGUGCUCUACCUGGCGUCCGUGUCCUACUGGCUGCCGGCGUUCAUGCGCUCGCGGCGCGCUUACGAUCUGCGCGGCGUCAUAGCGGUUUACAACGCCACGCAGAUUAUUAUGUGUGGCUACGUGGUUUAUAAAAGCCUCGUGCUGGGUUGGUUCAGCCACUACCGCCUGUUCUGUCAGCCGGUGGACGAGGGCCCCAACAGCGUGGAGUACGCGUGGCAUGUCUGCUACGCGUACUUCUACAUCAAGAUCAUUGACCUACUAGACACGGUUUUCUUCAUAUUGAGGAAGAAACGAGAACAAGUGACGUUCCUGCACGUGUACCAUCACUUCGGCAUGAUAAUGGUGGCGUGGGGCAUCACCAAGUGGGUGCCAGGCGGGCACAUGACAAUGCUGGUGACCCUCAACUCGUUCGUGCACAUGGUGAUGUACACCUACUACCUGCUCACGUCCUGGGACGACUCCUACAGGCACUCGCUGUGGUGGAAGAAACACGUUACGCAACUGCAAAUAUUGCAGUUCACAUACCUGAUGGUACACUUCGGCAUACUGGCGGUGAAGCGCGAGUGCGACUUCCCGCGCCCCUGCGCCUACAUCAUGUUUCCGCAGAACCUCUUCAUGGUGCUCAUGUUCGGAGACUUUUAUUAUAGGACUUACAUUAAGAAGAAGACCAAGCAGUAGUUGAAAACCACAAAAUGACUAUGGGCCACUUGCAUCAUUCUUCUAACCCGGGGCUAACCGGUUGAACAUGGAGUUACCAUGGUUACCACUACAAUUUGACACUGGGUUAACGGUUUAACCUCUUAAACCCGGGUUAGGAUGGUGUUAGACGGCGCGCGAACUCGCAUGCGAUUUUAGUUACAUUGCGGACUGUUGGUUACGUCCAAUUCGACCGACCGAUCAAAAACCGCAAUGUAAUGACACUCGCAUCGUCUAAAUGGGGCUUAAGGGUGGCAUUCCACCUGUCAAUGUCAGUACAGUCAAGGAAUUUAAAUUCCGACCCAUUUCGUACUUUGUCACAGUGACAAUCAAUAUGAAAGCCGCUAUUAGAGACCUCAUACCACCUCAUACGGUUGUCACUGUGACAAAGUACGAAAUGGGUCGGAAUUUAAAUUCCUUGACUGUACAUCUCACUCUCUCAUUAAGCUAUACUGUUAACUGAACAUCGGUGGACCUUAAUUAUGCCUUUCGUAAUAAGGUCUAUCGAUGCACAGUGAGGAAUGUUGCUGCUUGUACUUUUUACAACAUACCUACUGGACCGAUCGGUGCCUCUAUUUAUAUCGUGAAAGAUUGAAAUAAAACAAAACAGCGAUUGAAAUACUCAAUAGACUAUAUUAAAAGUCUUUAAGUGCAAUAACAUUAUAUCAUUAAUUCUUAAGAAUUUUAUUCUUAUCCUAGAAGCGCUUAUAGCACCUUAUGUUAUUAAACAUUGCAACACAUUGUUAUGCUAAGCACCAUUGCCUAUUAAAUAUCAAAAUAAAUAAAAUCAUUCUCACUUUAAAACAUUCUAAAAUAAACUUGUUGAAUUAUCACAAUGUCUUAUUAUUUAAAUUUAUUGAGGCCAUUUUUAUUUUAAUUCAAAAUAAAUAAAAACAUUCUCACUUUAAAAGAAUCUAAAAUAAACUUGUGGAAUUAUCACAAUGUCUUAUUAUUUAAAUCUAUUGAGGCCAUUUUUAUUUUAACUUAAUACUAGGUACAAUUCAAACUGAAUAAUACAGAUACAAUUUUAACGUACUUUUACCCCAAUCAAGAAGUUUUCUUAAUGAAAACCAACAAUCUGAGUAAAGUCAGACCGUAAAAAGUCUGCAGCGAUUUUGAUAGCCGACGCAGUGCAAGUGUCAUACGAGUAUUAAACGUCAAACUUCUAUGAAAUUAUGACGUUAUACAUAUCACUUACACUGCGUGGGCUAUCAAAUCCGCUGCAGACUUUGUUUGGUGCGACUAUAGUACCCCUGUCUGUAGGUAGUAUAAUCUGUAUUAGGUAAAUACAAUAUGUAUUGUAGUCCAUUGCACAAGUAGGUAAAUAUAUUAUAAUCAAACUGAUUUACUUUUUGAUUCAAUCAAAAAGCAUAUUAAGUCUAUUAUCCUACAGGUCACUUCAUGGUGGUCCCGUAUAAACAAAUGUUAUAUCGUCAACUUAUUUUCUGAAUUAGAAACUCUAAGAGAUAGAAGUUUUUGAGCAUUUUAUGAGUCCCUUUGUCACUAAAAAAUAAAUAUCUAGAAUUGCGUUUAUAUGAAACACGGUCACAAUCCCAUAGUACACACCCGAAAUGACUAACAGUAAAAUUAACACUUUAACUGUCCCUCGCCUUCACUACUCACAUGGAUCGAUACGUCCGUGCAUUACAGGUAAUGCACAAAUGUAUAGAGCAUACCCAUUUCUGACGUCACUUGGACGUGACAGAGCUAGUUUGACGGUGCAUGUCAUAUAAUGCACGGACGGUAAACGUGUUAACUUAUGGUAUUCACCAAUUAAAUAAACAAUUAAGUAAACUAACAAAACUUCCGUGAGAUACUACGGGUCACUCACGUAUUGCGGCCCGCAGUCUGCGCCGGUCCGUCACCGUAAACGCAAGCUCCUGAUGACACUCCUCGGUACGGAGUGAAACAUUUCGAGCGUUUUUCGACUUAAAAUACGUAAGUGACCCGUUCUUAAUUUA